CCCGCUGGGUAGGGGGGCUCGCGGGGUCAGCAAUGCUGCCCGAAUGUUGCUCCUGGGUUUUGCUGUUUGCUUCUCUUGAUGGAGACCUGAAGAACAUGAAUCUGGAUCUCUGCUGCUUAUAUUCAUUUUCAUGCUGAAGUGUCUACUAAGGCUAAACUUGCUUUAUGUGCUGCUGAGAGAAUGUAGUGGCAAUGAUAGCUGAACCCAAUUCCGUUGUUAAUCUCCCCAACCACAAAGAAAAUGGGAUCCAUGAGGAGAUUGUCCCUGAACCCACUGCUCAAAAUGGCAACUGUUUAAGAAAUGGCAGUGUUAAAACUAUUAAAGGGAAAAGAAAAAUCCGUGAGCAGUGUGAAAACAGAAGACGAAACUCUUCCAGUAGCAGAAGGUCGAACCAGCCACAAAAUGGAGAUGUGGUUGAAGCAGUUACCUUAUUUGAAGUGGUUAGCAUGGGCAAAAGAGCUAUGCAGUCUGUGGUCGAUGACUGGGUUGAAGCUUAUAAGAAAGAUCGUGAUGUGGCCCUUCUGGACCUUAUCAAUUUCUUCAUUCAGUGCUCAGGCAGCCAAGGAAUGGUUACUGCAGAGAUGUUCCAGAGUUUACAGAACUGUGACGUGAUGCAGAAAAUGACAGAGACAUUCGAUGAAGAAACAGGACUGCAGUAUAAAAAGUUCAUGGCUUAUCCCUGGAUUUUGACAGUUACUUGGCCAGUGGAUAUGGACAAUGAAGACUACCCACUCGUCAAACCGGGGUCCUACUGGAAGAAGUUCAGAGCCAAUUUUUGCGAGUUCAAUGCGGUGCUGAUCCAGCAGUGUCAGUGCAGCAUCCUCUCUGACAGCUAUUUGAUGGACACCAUCAUCUCUAUGCUCACUGGCUUGGCAGACUCCAUGGUCAGAGCAUUCAGGCACACCAGCACUUUAGCAGCUAUGAAGCUUCUGACAGCACUUGUAAAUCUAAAUCUCAGUCUAGAUGCAAGUAAGAGGAACCUUGAAAGAUUAUAUGAGGUGGAGAAGAGCAGAACUACUGGCAAGAGGACCAAUAGUAGACUGGACCAGCUAGAGAAAAAAAGAAAAGAGUAUGAACAGAAGCCUCUGGAGAUAGAGAAUAUGAUGAAUGCUAUUUUCAAAGGAAUCUUUUUGCAGCGCUAUCGUGACAUUAUUCCAGAGAUUCGGGCCAUUUGUAUUGAAGAAAUGGGCAGCUGGAUGAAAAUUUACCCCAAUACAUUCUUAAAUGAUAGUUACUUGAAAUACAUUGGAUGGAUGCUCUAUGAUAAACAACCUGAAGUGCGGUUAAAGUGCCUUCAGGGACUACAGGGAAUAUAUGACCAAAAAGAACUUGUUUCUAAAAUGGAUCUCUUCACUAGCAGGUUCAAGGAUCGAAUUAUGUCCAUGACACUGGACAAGGACCAUGAAGUAGCAGUUCAAGCCAUGAAACUCCUGAUGCUCAUGUCACAGAACUGUGAAGAUUCAUUGUCAUCUGAAGACUGUGAAACCUUAUACCAGUUUGUUUACACCACCCACCGACCACUGGCUGUAGCAGCUGGGGAGCUACUUUACAAAAGACUGAUUGUCCAGGAAAUUGAUAUGGAAGCAUUCUCAAAAAGAAAUGGAAAACUGGAAACCAUUGCUAGCCAGCUGAAAACACUAAUAAUUUUCUUCUUGGAGAGUGAGCUUCAUAGUCACGUCACGUACCUUGUAGAUAGCCUGUGGGAUUGGUCCAUGAAUUUACUGAAAGACUGGGAGGGCAUGACAGCUCUCUUAUUGGAAAAUGCUGAUGAUCAGAAAGAAGCGCUGAGUGAUGCCCAAGAGAGUGCCCUCACUGAGAUAAUCUUAGCAACUGUCCGAGAAGCUGCUGAAGGUCAUCCUCCUGUGGGCAGAGGGGGCGCCAAGAAAAUCCUAUCCACCAAAGAGAAGAAGGUACAAGUGGAAGAUAGUAUUAAAAUUACUGAACAUUUCACUGUGGUGCUUCCUCAACUCUUGGCAAAGUAUUCCGAAGAUGCAGAAAAACUGACAAACCUCCUGCAAAUUCCACAGUAUUUUUAUUUAGAUUUGUAUGGUACUGGACCUCUGGAAAAGCACUUGGAUGCCUUGCUAAGAGAGGUGAAAGCCAUUGUAAUGGACCACAGUAACAUGGAUGUCCUGGAGGCCUGUUCCAGGCUGUACUAUAUUCUUUGCAAUGAAGAACUUCCCAUAUAUAACAAAGUGGCUCUUGCUAGAACUGAACUGGUCAACGAAUUGGUGAACCAACUAAAUCAGCUCUUGGGAUCGUUUUUAAGUGAGUGCUCUCAUCCCAGCACCAAAUCGUCUACUUCACAGGGAGAAGGUCUCUGUGCAGAAGAAGAAGGGAUUCACUGUAUAUACUCCACUUUGAGAAGAAUAACUGCUUUUCAUAAUGCCCAUGAUCUCUCCAGGUGGGAUCUCUAUGACAAGAUGUCUGAGCUGCUUGUUUUUGAGAUGGAACACAGCUGCUUACCUGUUCAGAUUAUUUUGCCUGCUUUACAGUGUGCUUAUUUUGCACUUCUCUGGCAGCUAGCUUCUGUGGGAAAGAAGCCGUCUUCCAAGGAAAACCUCUUUGUUCUGAAAACACAUUUGAGGCAUUACUGCCAUGUUUGCUCAUGCUGCUUCAGCCACAGCCACAGAGAUGUUCGUGAGACGGCUUUUAUGGUGCUUUGUGAUUUUCUGAUGAUCGUGAGUCAUCAAGAUACAAGUGAUGAUGGAACUCUUGGGCUACUGGAAUAUCUUCCCAGUGAGACUCUUCAGUCCAAAAUGCUCCUGUUCAUUCAGGAUCACAUUUUCACAGAGGAAGAAGACAAAGCCAAAGACUUGGCAGAAGAAGAGGACAGGAACCAGGAUGGCCAGAAACUGGAUAUCUUGCACAUGAAGCGAUGCCUCCUUGCAGCAUAUUGCAAGUUAAUCAUCCAUAACGUUAUUGAGAUGACUGCAGCUGCUGAAAUUUAUAAGCAUUAUAUGAAGUCUUAUAAUGAUUUUGGAGAUAUAAUUAAAGAAACCUUGAGCCGAACCAGGCACAAUGACAAAAUUCAAAGCGCAAAGACAUUGAUCCUCUGUUUACAGCAGCUGUUUCAGAGGCAUGUUGAAAGCCAGGACGGCGGCAGCACAGACACUUCCUCUGCCUCCUUUAACCACAUUAAAGAGCUUGCACGGCGCUUUUCUUUGACAUUUGGUUGGGACCAAGUGAAAACUCGGGAAUCUAUAGCCAUGAUACACAAAGAAGGUAUUGAAUUUGCCUUUCAAGGAGCAGCUGGAAUGGAAGGGAAGUGCCUGCCUCCCAAUCUAAACUUUCUGAUGAUCCUCAGUGAAUUCUCCAAUAAGCUUCUAAAGCCUGACAAAAGACUUGUGUACAGUUACUUGCUGAGAUAUGUACCUGAUCCAGCACUUUCUAGAGCAGAUUCCUGGCACUCCUUGGGUUGGUACAGGACCUCUUUGCUAGCCAGUGAAGAGGAGGAUUCUGCUGCCAGCAGCUUAAACGAGUGGGCGCCUGUGAGUGUUGCUAAGACACCUUUUAAAAGGAAAUUUUCUGAAGGAAGUUUGCACAAAUCAAGUAACACUGAGAGAACGAAUAGAACUUCAGAUAUCCAUUACUCAGCUCAUCUCCCUUCCUUGGCACCAAGGAGCAGGAAAAGGCUAAAAUCUCACAACAGUUGUCUCCAAGAAUAUUCUCCAUUGCUCACGUCUGCAAAUCUUAAAAGAAAAAAUAGCUGCCAAGUUGCAAUCAAAGUUGAAGAGAUUCCAUCAGAAGAUGCUGAUGUUGACGUUGUUGGUGCUGAUCAGGAGACAUGAGAUUCCAAGACAUCUGGUCAGAAACCGUUACUUUGCUGAUUCACAAGAAAGAAGUGAUCGC